AAGUCGUGCGCGACCACUACCCCCCACCCACCCCCACUCACAGUGGCGAGCUGAUGCGUGGCCGAGGCACCGCGCGACGUUUCGCAGACGACGGAGCGCGCGGCUGCUCAAUCGCGAUCGUCUCUGCUGCGUAACCGUGGACGAGGAGGAUUGCGACGUGCGAUGCUUUUCACUUUCGCGUCGUCAAGGUAUCGUCAUGCCGCGACCAGAAUGCCAGGGACGGGUGAUAUCGCUCAUAUGGAACGUUGCGUAAUGCGCAACUCCAAUUAAUGAGACGAGGUCCGCGGCUGCCCUUGCCUUUUCACAUGCAAAGAAGAGGCGACCCUGUUUCAGCGCGCACCGCAGCUCGAUUUAAUCGACUGAGACGCAACGUUCGCGCGAGGAAUGUCGGCUCUCCGUCGAAAAUUUGGUGAAGACUACCAGGUGGUGAGCACCAGCGGCGUGGGCGCUGCCACCGGCGACUCGGAGAGGGAUUCCAAGAGGAAGCGGCAGCGCUUCGUGGAGAAGAACGGCCACUGCAACGUGCAGAACGGCAGCAUUGGCAGCGACACGAGCCGCUACCUGUCCGACCUCUUCACCACGCUGGUGGACCUCAAGUGGCGCUGGAAUAUGUUCAUCUUCGUGCUCACCUACACCGUGGCCUGGCUCUUCAUGGCCUCCAUGUGGUGGUUCAUCGCCUACUCGCGCGGGGACCUGGACAAGACACACGAUGGCAACUACACGCCGUGUGUCACCAACGUGCACAGCUUCCCGUCGGCCUUCCUCUUCUUCAUCGAGACCGAGGCCACGAUCGGGUACGGAUACCGCUACAUCACGGACAAGUGUCCCGAGAGCAUCAUCCUAUUUCUCUUCCAGUCCAUCCUGGGCUCCAUCGUGGACGCCUUCCUCAUCGGCUGCAUGUUCAUCAAGAUGUCGCAGCCCAAGAAGCGCGCAGAGACACUCAUGUUCAGCCAGAGCGCAGUGAUCUCCCGGCGGGACGGGCAGCUCUGCCUCAUGUUCCGCAUCGGGAACCUGCGCAACAGCCACAUGGUGUCGGCGCAGAUCCGCUGCAAGCUCAUCAAGUCUCGACAGACGCGGGAAGGCGAGUUCCUGCCACUCGACCAGCUGGAGUUGGACGUGGGCUUCAGCACAGGGGCCGAUCAGCUCUUCCUCGUCUCGCCACUCACCAUCUGCCACGUCAUCGACGACAGAAGCCCCUUCUAUGAGCUGUCACAGCGGGCGCUUCAGACGGAGCAGUUUGAAGUGGUGGUGAUCCUGGAGGGCAUAGUCGAGACCACGGGAAUGACGUGCCAGGCCAGGACAUCUUACACCGAAGACGAGGUGAUGUGGGGCCACCGCUUCCUGCCAGUGAUCUCGCUGGAAGAAGGCUUCUUCCGAGUCGACUACUCACAGUUCCACACCACGUUCGAAGUGCCCACCCAGCCGUACAGCGUGCGGGAGCUGGAGGAUGCCCUCAAGCUGCCCUCCAGCCCUCUCUCCAGCCCGCCGUACAACUGCAUCACGGGCAGCGUGGCCUCCGGCAGUAACCUGGGCCAGAGCAAGCAUUCUAUCGAGUGCCUGGACAAUUCCGACGACAUCUUGAGCACCCUGCCGGCCAAGCUACGCAAGAUGAACGUGAGCCGGGAGGACCUGCCCAAGAAGCUGCUGCGCAUGAGCUCCAUGACAACGGAGAAGACCUGCAGCAUGGGCGACCUGCCCCUCAAGCUGCAGCGGAUAAGCUCGGUGCCCGGCAGCCACGGUGACCAGCUGGUGGACACGGAGCAGAGGACAACCUUCAAGGCGAUUCGAUCUGGCACGGACUCGACCAAGUCCAUUGCGGAGCUGCCACCCAAGCUGCAGAGGAUUAACAGCACAUUUGGGACGAGGACGGUGGACAACCUGCCAGCCAAGCUGCGCAAGAUGAACUCGGAGAGGAGGAUGAAUGUAUAAGGUGAAGAGGCCAUGUCUCGUGGAGCGGUUUUCUGUCCUUGAUGUGCUAUGAGCGCACAUACUAAAUUCAUUGGAAGUGCCAUUAAGGCUGUGUGUGGGCUGGUAGGGCUACGCACGUCCUUCAAGAUGUGAACGUGUGGAGUCUAUGGACGUAUGGAUGGAUGCAAGAGGCUCUUUUGAAGCUGUGAAAUGGGGUGGGUGCUUGCUACAUUUUUGCUUAAAGCAGGUAAUUAUAUAUGUGCCAUAUACAGAGACUCUUGGCUGAUUCGCAGCGUUAUUCUAGUCAAAGUGACACAGAUUUGUAGCAUCUCGUCGCUACUGGCAGGACCACGUUUUCGCUGUGAUGAAGUCUUUUGGUUUUACAAAAGUAGUUUUCUGCAUAUUCGUAAACAAAUCAAUUGCGAGAAUCAAAAUAGCCACGUGUGUGCAUUAAUAACGCACUUACCAGAGAAUGCUACUGUGUGAUUCUAUUCAUUCUUAGAAGUCAGCAUGAAACGAAUCGGUGGUGAUAUUUGAUUCAUGUCACCUGUGAACCAAUCGGCGAACAAUCACAAGCGAGAAAGAAAACAAGACUGACGUUCUUUGGGGAACUGAAUGAAAACUAUAAAGAUAUAUAUUUUUAAAAAAUAUAUUAAACGUCCCACUGUUGGUACACGACUUGGGAUACUGUAUUUAAGUUGCAGUGUUUUGACUCAUUGGCAAUGAGUGAUGCACAAUGGAUCAAUGAGAGGGAAGAGAAAGGACUUGGCUCCAUGUUGACGCUGAGAAGGUAAGACUCAACAUUCAGCAGGGGGAGUCACAACUGUUCAGGUUACAUUGCAGUGCCUGUAUACCCCCCAAACAACACGGAAUAUGUGCCCACCAAACAUUCAUUCAUCUUUAUACAUGCAGCCAGCUUGGUGACGUGGGCAAAAAAUGAGCUUUGUUUUAUAUUUGACCAAGGUGUGUGUGUAUGUAUGUGUGGCUGUCUGUGUGAGCGGUAGUGUAGCGGUUAGCGCGCUGCGCUACAAACCUGGCGACACGAGUUCGAUUCCCGCUCACGGCCAACACCCAGUGACGACUAUCUGAACCGGUCCUGGGCCUCCCCUAGGUCGACUCAGCCUCAAAUGAGUACCUGGUGCAUAGUGUAAACAUCGCCACUAGAGAGACAAAGGCGGCCGGGCGUGGUGUUGGCCACCCACCGCCGCCGUGCCGGCCUUUAUAGGUGCUCGCUAACAGCACUUGCUCCUACAAUCUGUUUAGGCUAUACGGGGGAUCUUUGUCCGUGUGAGCCAUGCGAAUGUCUGAGCUGGAGAGUAGGAGGCCCGGCUCCACUGUUCUGGCAGACACGUUUCUGUACUUAUUUUUGUUUAAAUCCAAGCUCUGGGAUGUGGCCACCGGACGAUCGAUGUUAAGUUUAACACAGUGUUCGAUGACAUUUGUUGGGGUGUCACGAACCCCAUCGGAUGAAGCAAAACGUUUACACAUUCAACACAUUGAGACCACGCGUGGAGUAGCCCUUAUGUACUGUGUGACCACUUGGUAAAACCUUUAAUCGAGGGCCUUGUUCGGUCAUUGUUGGGGCACACUUAGCCGACGUGCAUUUAAACCGGAAUGCGAUUUCACAUCCAUCAUUAAUUAGCUUCGGGUAAAUGUUAUAUCCCACGUAUUUUUUUUUUGCCAGAUUCGGUUGAUGAUAAAGGCUACGGUGAGGAGGUAAAGGAAGCUAUAGAUUUGACCAACCAGCCCUUUACAGAUAUUCAGCGUGUCUUGCGUAUGAUCCAUUUCAAUAGCGCCUAUAACCCACUGAAUACGGAACGUUGGACCAAGUGUUGAGCCAACGUUUGCAACCAUGUACAAACUUUGGCCCAAGGUGGCAUGUUUACUGGGUAAUGAUUUGAGUUGUAUUCUACGACAAAUGCUUUCAUGUCAAAUCGAUGCAAAUGACAUCCACUAUAUUAAUACGUAACAUAUAUAUUGCUGGGUUUUUUUCGUCUUUAGAGGUUAGGACUUGUUAAGCCACAGUAUAAUUACAUUUAUGUCACUAUGGUUGUGAUUAUUUUGACCUGCUGGCGUUGUGGAUGUUUUGUAUUGAACACAAUUAAUAUUAUCAUCAUCGUCGUCAUCAUCAUCACGUAACGAGUCUAUAUUGUGGAGUUUUUUUGUUAUGGAAUAUCUGAUGUGUAUCACUGCCUUUAUUAGCGCCAUCAGAUACUGAAGGCGCGUAUAUAGAUAUGUUCUAUAAACUAUAUACAGAAUAUUGUUUUAUAUACUAAUUGUAAAUAAUGAUUGACGAUAGCUAGAUCAUACCUUCAUGAAAGUUUGUAUAUGUUGAUUGUACUUAUUUAGUUGAGUGCAUGCCUUCAACGUGUGACACUUAUUAACAAACAGUAUAAUGUAAUUUAACUUGCAUCAACAUUUGUUUGGUCGUGGUUGUAAUUUGACAGCAUUGACACGUGUUAUUUGUUCGAAGUCAAUCUUCAACAGCACUUCAUGUAUUACAAAUGUUGUAUAAAACAUUUAAACUUAUAGACGUUUAUAUAAUUUUCACGUCUUUGAUAUCUACAUAAUGCUGUUGUGUUCUGCAUUGUGUAUAGAAACUGGAUUGUGCAUUUGGUGGUACGAAAAAUGUACAACAGGCCAUUGAACAAUUGGCUCAAGGGUUUCUUCUGAUGAGAGUCCACAGGGGUGUUUGACCAACUCAAUGAAAUCGCAGAAAAAUCAGGGAUGAUUAAAUCGCAUUGGUUGUAUGUAUGUUGAAUUUUUUUUUCACACCGUACGUAGCCGAACUGUGUUAAUCGGAGGUGCGGGGAAGGACAACAAACUAAACACAAAAGCUGUUCUAAAGAAAUGCGUUUUCAAUCUAGGUUUAAAAUUGCAUCGUUCCAUUAGCUUCCUAUUAUCAGAAGGAAGAGCGUUCCAGACGGCCGCAGAAGCGCAUCUGAAAGUGUGCGAUGCGGUAACCGUCUUUGUUCGAUGGCUAGCCAAAAGCCACUGCUAGGAUGAGCGGAGUUGGUGUGAUAGUUUAUGCUCCAUGAUGAGAGUAUUGUGGCUCCAGCAAACAUUCAUCGCACAUUUUGUCAAUCCACUGCUGAAUGAGGGCACCCCACACCUUUGUCGACUGUAAGAGAUAUUAUGACCAUACUUCACCACGCUGGUCAGUGCGGGUUUGGUGAAGGUAGCGUGGUGGGAGGUUAUACAUAAUCGUGGCUUUGUCUGCACUGCUUUCUUUCGCCUACAACGCCUCCCUACGACUGUCUGUCUUUUGUGCAUGGUGGUCACCUGUCCAAUCACUAUCCAGACCAAACUCUGCUUAGCUUCCAGGAUCAGCUGAGAUUGGGUGCAUUCGUGGUGAUUUGGUCAUAGGCCCACAGGAGACACUUGCAUAUAAUCGUCAGCAGUUUGAAGCUUGACGAGCAUUAGUCAACAGGCAGAACACAAACAGGCACGCCGAUAUCUCACAUUGUAUUGUACUGUAGCUGCAAUCCUUUGCAUGCACAGAUCUUGGAUAUAUUAGUUACCAAGACAGCCCUCAGUAAUGGCAUGUUUUUUUUUACAAUUACAUGCCAGUUAUGGUGAAUUUUAUUGUAAUAUGUUUAUAAGAAUGAUUUGGUACAUAUAUAUGGUAAGAACAGCUCUAACAAUGUCAGACUUAACUCAAUUGUUAUUUUAUGUUUCAUUUAAACGACUGACGCAUGCGUAAUCAAUACAACGAUAUUUUAAUCAUGAAUUUCUUAUUUUUCCACCAUUAAAUGUUAAACAGCACCCAUUACAAAUAAAGUAUUCGUGGAUAGUUAGCGAAUUGGGGGUUUCUUUCCAUAAGCAGGAGGCUGUGUUGUUGUUUUAAUCUCAUAACAGGAUAAACAGUUUGUUUUGUCGUAUUAUUUUUGACGGAAUCCGUGUACGGCAGAUUUAAUGUACACCCAUCUGUCGAAUCACCUUACGCCAUGUUACAGUGCACGUGCCAAAUGAUGACGUGUUUACCACGAUAAAAAGGUAAAGGUGCAGUGAAAUGUCUUGCUCACUCCACUGCUUGUGAAAAUGUCUUCACUAAAACACAUCUGUAGAUCACCUGUAGUGUAUCCAUGGCUCACUCCUCCACACCGCGUAUCUCAAUGGACUGCUAAACAUUUGAACCGAGUGAUUAGUGGACUUUGAUUUUUGUGUGUUAUCAAAGUUAUCACAGCAGCCAAACACCGCAAGCAGUGAUUGCAAACACCAGUCCUUACAUAUACCCGUGUAACAUUUGUAGAACUUGCCUUAGAAAAGUGUGGUCAAUUUGUCGUCAUUUUGUGGGUUAACGUUUUAAUUUGAGGUUUGUAAACGUUGCUUGUGAUGAAAGCAGGGCAGGAAUGAGGACUGGAAAAUUGUGCACUGAGUGGGUCAUGUGGAGGAGACCUUUGCUUUUGAAACCCCAUUUUCUCAAUUUUCCCCUCCUCUUUGAUGUUAUUUAUUUACUGUAUACGUGUCUUAAAUUCUGUAAGCUGAAAAAGGUAGUACCGUACUGUAACUGAUCUUUGGUAAAUAUCAUGGGCAUGUUUUUACCAUGUGAAAGAUUACAUUGUAAAUUGAGCACUGCGAAAACCCUGUUGGGAAAGAAUAUAUUUGACCGAAUCAUUUCUUGCCAAAAUCGUAAUAGAGAUGAAAAUGAGUGUCGAUGCAUGAUGAUUAUGUUCGGUGGCUCCACUCUCGUUCACUGCCACGAAAUGAAAGAGCAAAAGGGGAGCAGAGGUGGUGAACAGUUGUACAAUACAGUACUGUAUUUGUUUUUUUGUUUUUUACAGUGUGUACAAACCACAGAGAAAUCCUGUAAGCAUGCAGUGUUGUUUAAAAUCGCCACAGUAAAAUCCAAACUUUCAGAUCAGUAAAUUA